CUCAAGUAGUUGCCAUCCGCAACCUUGGUGCAUAAGUCUCUGAUCAAGCAAGCCUGCUAAAACACAAACAAAAUCAGCCUCCUCAUUAACUCCCGAAGCUAAUUAAGAGUUUCCAAUGGCGGGCCUCUCUCUUGCCCAUCCAUUGGCCUUUGCCUUUGGCAUCCUUGGCAACAUCAUCUCCUUCAUGACAUACCUGGCCCCACUGCCGACGUUCUACCGGAUCUACAAGAGCAAGUCGACUGAAGGUUUCCAGUCGGUGCCGUACGUGGUGGCGCUGUUCAGCGCGAUGCUGUGGAUCUACUACGCUCUGCUCAAGUCCAACGAGAUCCUGCUCAUCACCGUCAACACCGCCGGCUGCGUCAUCGAAACCCUCUACAUCGUCGUCUACCUCGCUUACGCGCCCAAGAAGGCCAAGCUGUUCACGGUCAUGAUCCUGCUGCUCCUGAACGUCGGUGUGUUCGGGCUCAUCCUCCUCCUCACGAUGCUGCUCUCCGCCAGCCACAGCCGCGUCGUCCUCGUCGGCUGGGUCUGCGUCGGCUUCGCCGUCAGCGUCUUCGUCGCCCCGCUCAGCAUCAUUAGUAAGGUGGUGCGCACGAGGAGCGUGGAGUUCAUGCCCUUCUCGCUCUCCCUCUCCCUCACCGUCAGCGCCGUCGUCUGGUUCCUCUACGGCCUGCUCAUCAAGGACAAAUACGUCGCCCUGCCUAAUGUCAUCGGCUUCACCUUCGGUGUCAUCCAGAUGGGCCUGUACGCUCUCUAUUGCAACGCAACGCCAAGGUUGCCAGGCAAGGUUGUUGAGGCCGAGGAAGCGGUGGACGAUACCUUCAAGGUGCCCGAGCACGUCGUGACCAUCCCCAAGCUUGGGGCGCCGGCCGUGGAGAUGAAGACCUGCGAGGUGCACACCGUGGAGUCGCCGCCGCCGAUAGAGGCGGCAGCGAAGCAGGAGGACGACGAGCCGUCGUCGGCGGAGGAGCUGGAGAAGGCGGGGAACAAGGGAAGCAACAACACCGAGCAAGUGUAGAUGCCACAUGCGUAGUCUGGGUCAUAAUUGAAGGCUACGCCAGGUGGCCAACCCCAUUUACGGAAUUACGCAUGCACACACAUAGAUGUCUGUGGAAGUGAGCAAGACGAGAGGGAAGAAGGGGGACCAAGUCCGGGUGGACCCGCUGCUUUUGUUAUUUUAUUAUUAGUCCUUAGUCUGUUCUUGAAAUAGCUCUAUUUUUUUCUUAUUAGUAUGUCCAGCACCUUCCUUGGCAUGGCCUUUUAUUUUAUUAUUAUUCAAUAUUUUUGUGUAAGCAGUUAACCAGUUUCUACCCGGAUUUCCACUAUGUUUCACA